UCACAACCUCAAAAGAUCUACAACACAGACAACUUCUGAAACAAUGUUUUAGCAGCCAGGUCUCUUCUAUAAAUGGCUGAGGUAAGCUCUAAGAUGACGUGGCUGAAGCGCGGGGGUCGGGUCCGCCCCGGGGAUGGGAAGAAGGAACCCUCAUUGGCCAGCUCCAUGGAGUCCCUGACUCAAUCACAGUUGAAUCUGGCCAUUAUGGAUAUGUUAAACCUUGGACAGAAUUGGAACAGGUGCGAGGAGGUUUGUCGAGGUAACCCGAUCACGGACGCCGGUAAGCGGCAGCAGAUGGUAAAGAUGUUGGCGGUGGUACUGAUUCCGGUUAUUGUGCUCACGGGGAUGACAGCCAACACCUUCAUUGUAUCCCUGGAGAGCUAUAUUGUAUCCUCCAAAAUCAGCAGAAUUCUCUACUUUAGCAUUGAGUUGGGUAUUUUGCUCGGUAACAUUCAGAGGGAACGAGAUAUGAGCGCUUUGUACGUGAGUAAUAUAGAACUGGAAACCAAAGACCUCCUCCUACAGCGAUACCCCGAUACCGACAUCGCCAUUCAGAACCUGUCCUCCUGGCCAACCAGUGCCAAUAUCGUCAGGGACGAGUUUCAAACCCGAGAAAAGUUCCUCUCCUACCUCAACAGACAUCGCUAUCAGCUGGAUUCUUACAACAGGACCAUCAAAGAGGAGCUGCAAUUCUACUCCGACAGCAUCGAAGUCUUCAUCCAGUGGUUGUAUGAGGCAAUUGUUGAAACUCAGUCAGGAUCAGUGUGGAAGAGCUUGGUGGCCUAUCAAGAAAUUAUCGUGGCUAGUGAGUUCUUUGGACGAGAGAGAGGACUUGGUGUGUCUUUUUACGCCGUUGGUCGAUUUAAUACAAGAGACGAAUAUCUGUUGUUUGUGGAAAGCCAAGAUAUCGCUAACAUCACUUUCCAGUCGUCCAGAUUGUAUUCAGAACUGGCUUAUGACAUGUACGAGGCGCAGUUGAUGAGGAACGCUAAUAUCAUUGAACCUAUGCAGAAAAUGAGGAACGAGAUUCGCUCGAAUAGGAGUUCGUCGUCACGUGGUUCUGUAGAGCGUGCAAAAUGGUGGUUCAACAACAUGACAGUGUAUAUGAACGCUCUUAGGGCCACUCAAAGACAGUUAGCAACAAAAAUAGACCAGCUUCUAUCAGAAAGUUCCAAUGACGAUCUGAGGAACGUGAUUACUAUAUGCAUCGUGUUCGGAGUAAUUCUCAUUAUAUGUCCAUUGAUCGUGUUCGCGGUGUAUUCUCUGACCUCAGAGAUUCAGACGUAUUCCAUUUCAAUUGCAAAUCGAACAAAAGCGCUAAAUAAAGAGAAGAAACGAACAGACACCCUUUUGUACCAAAUGUUGCCGAAGUCUGUAGCUGAGCGACUAAAGCAGAACGAAGUUGUUGACGCGGAACAAUUUAGCGAGUCCACCAUUUUCUUUAGCGACAUUGUGGGAUUCACUCAGAUUUCUUCUCAGAGUUCCCCAUUGCAGGUCGUGGACAUGCUGAACAGUUUAUAUCUUUGUUUCGACCAGCGGAUCGAGAUGUAUGACGUGUACAAAGUGGAAACCAUUGGUGAUGCCUACAUGGUGGUGUCGGGAGUACCUCGUCAGAAUGGACGGCGUCACGCUGCAGAGAUCGCAACCAUGGCACUAGAUCUGUUGGAACACAUCAACCGACUUGAGAUACCUCAUCUUCCUGGGACCAAGUUCAGACUCAGGACCGGUUGUCACUCUGGUCCCGUAGUAGCUGGAGUGGUUGGGUCAAAGAUGCCGAGAUAUUGUCUGUUUGGUGAGACGGUGAGCCUUGCUUCUAAGAUGGAGUCACUUGGAAAAGCCAAUCGAAUCCAUAUUAGUGAGACGACCUUCGAACUCUUAGAUGGUUUGGGAGGUUUUGUCAUAGAAGAACGCAAGGACAACAUUAAGAAUGAUCGUGACCUCCUUCAUGCUUUCAAAGGCACCGUGAGGACGUAUUGGUUGUUGCGUAGGGAGGGAUUUCAGUCGGAGAUAUCUGACUCCUCCCGAGCUUCCACACCAGAAUCAGAGGGUACCCUGGAGAGAAACGCCGGGAAAACUUUAUUACAGCGUCACUAAAAUGAUAAAACAUGUAACUUGGCAACAGACGAAAACGAUGUGAUAAUUUUGUGAGAAUCUCUUUACGCAUUUAAUUUCCUGUGAAUUGCAGAUAAUGGUGGGGAUAAUGUUGAUAAUGUAUUGUAAUGUUAUUUC